UAUCCUGAUAUAAGUGAUUUCAAUGUUAUUAAACCUAUUAGUAAAGGAGCUUUUGGAAAAGUAUAUCUGGGUCAUAAGAAAAAUAAUUUAGAACAGAUGUAUGCUAUUAAAGUAAUGAAAAAAACAGACAUGAUUAACAAGAAUAUGAUAACACAGGUGGUGAAUGAAAGAAAUGCUUUAGCUUUAGCUAAUAGUCCUUUUUGUGUUAAACUAUUUUACUCUUUGCAGACUUCAAGCUGUAUUUACCUAGUUAUGGAAUAUAUGGUUGGCGGAGACGUGAAGUCAUUAUUAAGUGUAAUGGGAUAUUUUACUGAAGAUGUAGCUACAUUUUAUGCUGCUGAAGUUGCAUUAGCGCUACAAUAUUUACACAGUCAUGGUAUUGUUCAUAGAGAUUUAAAACCUGACAAUAUGUUAAUAUCAGGUCAAGGUCAUAUAAAACUAACAGAUUUUGGAUUAAGCCGAAUUACAAUACAUAGAGAUUUAGAAAUCAAAGAUUUAAUAAAUAGUUCACCAAAUGUACCUACAAGAACACCUGGUCAAUUACUCUCUUUAACAUCUCAUUUUUCCUUUGGGUCAAACGAAAAAACUCAUUAUAGUAGUAAUAAUAGCAGUAUGAUGAAACUUAAUAUGGAUCAAGAUGAUGAUGAUUAUAAUAGUAGUCAUGUGUCUGGUAUUGUACCAUUUCAAUCAGCCAAUAACACAUUAGAAGGAACUACAUUUUUUACUUGUCAAAAUUGCAGCAUUGGUACUGAAUGUGGAUGUAGUAAAAUACAGGAUAAACCUCAUGAUACUCCUUGCUCAACUACAAAUCUUAGUAAAAGGUUUAAAUCAAGAACAGAUUCACUUAGACGUUAUAGAAGAAGAAUAUUACCACUUCGUGAUUUAGAAAAUAAUACAAUGAAUAGUUGUGGUCUCACACAACAAAUAAAACAAGUGGAUCUAUCCCAUAUUACACCAAAUACUCCAAAUUCAGCAGUAAAAAGUGCUAUGAAAUUGAAAGUUGAUGAACGAUUAAGUAGUGGUCGAGUUGCUAUUUCAACACCAGUUCAAUGUUCUCGAAAACGUUCAUAUGGGGAUACACCAAAAAAUUUAAAAAACACUAGGUUCUGUUUACCUACACCAACUCAUUCUCCAUCUUUCAUUAAACGAACUCACAUGGAUGAACUCAUAAUGAGUCCUAUUGCAACACCUUUUUUGCCAAAACUCACUCCUUAUAGAACACCUAAAUCAUUGAGGAAAGGUAAAAGGGCAAGUGAUGGUAGAAUAUUAGGAACGCCUUAUUAUUUAGCACCAGAAUUAAUUCAAGGAAUGGAACAUGGAUCUGGAGUUGAUUGGUGGGCAUUGGGAGUGUGCUUGUAUGAAUUUAUGACUGGCGUUGUUCCAUUUGAAGGAGAUACAGUUCAAGAAAUAUUUGAAGAUAUUUUACGACGUGAAUUAGAAUGGCCAUCUGGAGAUCAGACUUUGUCUAGAGAAGCGAUGGAAGCUAUUAAUGGUCUUAUGGCUAUGGACCAAAAUGAAAGAUUGUCGGGAUCCACCAUUAGAUCCUCUACUAAUCUUUUCUCUGACAUUAAUUGGGACAACCUUUUAUAUGAAGUUCCUCCAUUUGUUCCAACUCCUGGUAGUAUAGAUGAUACAUCAUAUUUUAUGGCUAGAAAUGAGCAACAAAACAUACAACUAUCCAACAUUGAUUUAGGUUAAUAUAUCAGUAAUUAUCGUGUCGAAUGAUACUAGAUUGUACUAAUAGGAUCUAGAUAAUGCUAUUAUUUGUACUCGAUCAUUACAUUUUUUUUUUUUAUAUAUAUAUAAAGUUAAAUACACAUGUCUUUUUGAUGUUAUACAAUUAACUAUUAUUGUUAAGUUUAAAAAAUAAUAGUUAAAAAAUACAACUUAAAAU